CACUUGUCUCUUUGAAUUUAGCAUCUUAAGGAACAUCAAAGCUCAACAGAAUUGAAAAAAUGGAGAAGACCCAGAUCCAAGUCCCAAGAGUUAAACUGGGUAGUCAAGGCUUAGAGGUUUCUAGGUUGGGCUUUGGAUGUGGAGGAUUAUCUGGAAUUUAUAAUGCCCCCCUCUCGCAUGAAGAUGGAUGUUCAAUUAUUAAGGAAGUAUUCAAUAAGGGUGUUACCUUGUUUGAUACAUCAGACCUUUAUGGAGAUAAUCAUGAUAAUGAAAUCAUGAUUGGUAAGGCUUUAAAAGAACUUCCUCGAGAAAAAGUUCAGUUGGCUACAAAAUUUGGUAUUCUUAGAUCUGAUGGGAUGAUGUUUGAGGUAAAAGGUACCCCUAAAUAUGUGCGGGAGUGCUGUGAAGCUAGUCUUAAGCGGCUUGAUGUCAAGUAUAUUGAUUUUUACUAUCAACAUCGAGUUGACACUUCAGUGCCAAUUGAAGACACUAUGGGGGAGCUCAAAAAGCUGGUAAAUGAAGGAAAGAUAAAAUAUAUUGGGUUGUCAGAGGCUAAUGCUGACACUAUCAAGAGAGCACACGCAGUUCAUCCUAUUACUGCUUUGCAAAUGGAGUAUUCCUUAUGGACCCGUGACAUUGAAGAAGAAAUAAUUCCACUUUGCAGAGAACUUGGGAUUGGAAUAGUUGCAUAUAGCCCUCUUGGUCAUGGCUUUUUUGCAGGAAAGGCAGUGGUAGAGACUUUGCCUAGUCAGAGCUUGCUGGCUAUGCAUCCCAGGUUCACUGGAGAAAACUUGGAAAAGAACAAGCUUUUCUAUAAACGACUUGAUGACUUGGCUUCUAAGCAUGCAUGCACUCCUUCUCAAUUAGCCUUAGCAUGGCUUUUCCAUCAGGGAAAUGACAUAAUCCCUAUCCCUGGGACUACUAAAUUGAGGAACUUUGAAAACAACCUUGGAUCUCUGAUUGUGAAGCUUACGGAUGAAGAUUUGAGGGAAAUAUCUGAAGCAGUUCCUGUUUAUGAAGUUGCUGGGGAACGAGAAUAUGAUAGUUUAUCAAAAUAUGCUUGGAAGUUUGCAACUACACCAUCAAAGUGAUUGCGCAGAGAAGAAUGGUGCAAGUCUAUAAUGAAUUAUAGUUGUGUUUAUAUUUGAUCAUUAUGCUUAAUUAGUAACCUCUGGGAUUCUCCUCAAGAUAUUGCUGUAAAAAGUGGAAGGAAAAAAAAAAACAUAUUUUCCCUUAAAAGUUACUUGUGCUGGUUUAUUUAUGUAUUAUUUUAGGCUUAUGUGGGAUCUAUUUUCAUAAUUCCAUAUUCUAGUGAAGGAUUGCUUUGCCCCUUCAAGGAUUUGCCAUAUGUUGAUGUUGGCAAAUGGCAAAGCAGUUAUGUUGUUGAAGAUGAUACUACCACCUUGACGUGUGUACAUGCCAUUGUUAAUUAUAUUUACAAGUUA